AUGGUCAAUUCUAGCAAGUUUUUUCACAUUAAAAGUUGCAAAAAGGAAUGUGUACAGUAUUUUAAUUAUUUUUUGGUAAUUGAUUUUGAGGCAACUUGUGAAAUUAAUUCUGGACCAGAUUAUUAUCAUGAAAUUAUAGAAUUUCCAUGUCUUCUUGUUGAUGGUAAAACUAAACAAAUACUAUCUACUUUUCAUUCAUAUGUUAGACCAAAAAAAAAUCCUAAUAUAACGGCAUUUUGUACGGAGUUGACUGGAAUUUCACAAAAUGUUAUUGAUGAAGCACCACCAUUAGAUAAAGUUUGGGAUAUGUUUUUAGGUUGGUUGGAGGAACAUGGUGUGGAUUACGAUAAAGUAUCAACAGAAUUUGUAAUAAUAACAGAUGGUGAUGCUGAUAUAGGAAGAUUUUUAAUACCAAAUCUUCAUGAUUCUAAUUGUUAUAUUCCUAAAUCUUUUUACUAUUAUGUUGAUUUAAGAUGUUCAAUGCUUAAAAUACUUCCAAAAGUUUCAUACCUUCAAAUACAUAAAAUGACUUUGAAGGCAAUAUUAAUGAAAUUUUCUUUAGAAUUUGAAGGAAAAGAACAUUCAGGUAUGGAUGAUGCUAGAAAUAUAUUAGCCUUAUUAAAAAUUUGUAUUGAAAAUAAUGUGGAUAUACUGCCAAAUUCAUUUGUUGAAAUAAAAAAAGAAUAUGAUGAAAAAACAAUGGAAGAAUAUAAAUAUUAUCAAUGUGCCUUGUUAAAAAAAGAAAUGUGUUUCACAAUUUUUGGUUUAACUCGUUAA